GAUCAAACCAAACCCAAAGAUGGAAAAUCGAGAAGUUUUUGUUUACAUUGUCAUCUCCAUCUUCCGCUCUCUCCAAUUCUUGUUUUGGAGAUUCCGUCCACGUUACAAUGAUGUUACGUCUGCGUUGACCCGCCCUCUGACUUCGGCCGCAAGCUAUGAUUUUAAGUUCAUGUCGUAUAUGGUCAAUAAGGCUAAGUCCGUCAAUAAAGCACUAGAAGAGGCUGUUCCUCUCCGCGAGCCAGAACUCAAGAUCCGUGAGGCCAUGAGGUACACGCUUCUCUCCGAUGGGAAGCGUGUAAGACCAAUGCUUUGCUUAGCUGCAUGCGAGCUCGUGGGGGGACAAGAGUCAACCGCAAUGUCCGCUGCAUGUGCGAUUGAGAUGCUCCACGCGUCGUCUCUCAUCCUAGACGACCUCCCUUGUAUGGACAACGACAGCCUCCGACGUGGAAAACCCACUAACCAUAUAGUCUUUGGCGAGAGUAUAGCCAUAUUAGCUUCUCAAGCGCUCAUAGCUUUGGCUGUCCAAAAGACCACGUCAUCCACCUUUGCGGACGUUCCCCCAGAGAGGAUUCUCAAGACCGUUCAGGAGAUGGUUAAAGCAGUGGAAGGGCUUGUUGCAGGUCAACAGGCGGAUUUGGCUGGAGAAGGUAUGAGAUUUGAUAGUGACACUGGAUUAGAGCAUCUUGAGUUUAUACAUAUUCAUAAAACGGCGGCGUUGCUUGAAGCCGCAGCUGUUAUGGGAGCUAUAAUGGGAGGUGGGUCUGAUGAAGAGAUUGAGAGGCUUCGGAGUUACGCAAGAUGUAUUGGGUUAAUGUUUCAGGUUGUGGACGAUGUGCUUGAUGUGACCAAAUCGUCGGAAGAGCUCGGGAAAACCGCCGGUAAAGAUUUGAUCGCCGGAAAACUGACGUAUCCGAGACUGAUGGGAGUGGAGAAAUCGAAAGAAUAUGCUGAGAGAUUGAACAUAGAAGCGCGGGAACAUCUUCUAGGGUUUGAUAUAGACAAGGUGGCUCCUUUGGUGUCUCUCGCUGAUUACAUUGUCAACAGACAAAACUGACACUAUUGCUCAAAAGCUUAAUAACAAAAUUUGUGUCUACUGUCUAGUGACAAUAUUAAAACUUGGAUAUGUAAACAAAACACAGGAGGCCCAUACACAAAUUUAGGCCUGGUUCUACUUAACGGCUCAACGGCCUUCACUUGUUUUCCUUUGGAUAAAUAAAAGUUGG